CAUUUCAGUCUUCUUGACUCAAAAACUUUGGGACUGAAUUGGUUAAUUUUUUUUUAAUCUGCAGACUUAACCCAUGUCUUCCUUCACAGGACUGCCAGGAAGUGCACGCCUAUACUGUGUAAUCAGCUGCAUGUCAGUGAUCUGCCUCAUCCUGUUAAUGGUCGUCAUCAUACUUGCGGCGAAACGUACCACCUGUCCAGACUCUUGCAGCUCCUCCACUGAAGCGAACCUUGGAGACCAUGUUGACCUCGGCGUAUCGCUCACCUCGCCUUCUCCAGCAAUCCUGACGACUGUGCAAGCUAAAUCCAGAAUCUACUCUGGGGAAGAGGUGACUGCAAACAGCAGAGAAGAUGUGUCUACGGUCAACCUCGAGAAGCUGUGCACGGAGCACUUCAGAAAAACUUCCCACUCUGGACAAAAGGACACUGCAAAUAACAGAAAAGACCCGUCUAUGGUCAAGAAGCUGUGCUCCGAGCACUGGAGAAGCAUUUGUGCUGGGAGGAAGCGGUGUCCCUAUGAAUGGCACACAAACGGCAGCUACUGUUUCUUUCUGUCCACAUUCACACUGACGUGGGAUCAAAGUCAAUCAAAAUGCAGCUCAAUCUGUGGAUCUUUGGCUGUUAUCCCCAGCCAGGAAGUUCAGAAUUCAUUGACUGAGAAAGGGAACUUGAUGUACUGGAUUGGACUGAAAAAGCAUCAAUCUGCAUGGCAGUGGGUCAACAACAAGACGCUUGAAAAGAGUUACUGGACAAGAAACCCUGGAGACAGGGACUGUGCUUUGCUCAAGAGUACUGAUCCACCAGAGGGGAACUGGAUUAAAGAGUCCUGCCGUAGCAGCGCUUACUUUAUCUGUCAGCUGAAGAACUAAUAUCAUACGCAUUUUAUUUUAGAAAAUAUUUCCUUCAGCAAUCAUUAUUUCAACGUCUAAUUCAAAUGACAUGUUUAAGCAAAUGUACUUUUUACUCCUUUAUUUUCAUACCAUGCGCACUGUGAGCUUAAUUGUAUUCAGACUGAAAUAGUCAGUUGGUUUGGAUCGAGUCCACUUAUUUGUUCCAGAUCGAGUCCUGAAGACUGUCAGUAUUAAACCCGAGAUUGGAAACAUAA